AUGGAUGAAGGAAGUAUCGUGACUUAUGGCAAAAAACACAUCUCCUUUUGGUCUCUUGACCAAAGUGGUGCACUCUCUAAGCGUCUGGGAAUCUUCGGUGAUCGAGAGAAACCAAAAUAUGUUACCUGCAUUGCCUUCACUCCUAGUGGGGAUGUCCUUUCCGGUGAUUCCAAUGGCAACAUAAUUGUUUGGGGACGAGGCACUAAUUCCAUAGUCACGAUGGUGACAAAGGUCCACGAUGGUCCUAUUUUCUGUCUGUGCGUUUUAAGAGAUGGAAGUAUUAUCUCUGGAGGGGGUAAAGAUGGAGUCAUUAAGCAAUUAGAUAACAAUCUAGAACCAACUGGAAAUGAAAGAAAGAAAGUUCAGGAUUGGGAACCAGUGAGCUCUAGAAUAAAAUCUGCCAAUGUGGUUCUCCUGGUGGAAAAAGUUACUCUGAUCCAGGUCCAUCCACCGACUGAGGAUUCUUGUGUGAUGGAAGUGGAACAAUUCUACAGCGAUCUCACCCAAGUAAUUGAUAAAAAUAUAGUAAUUUAA